GGAUUUUUCGCAGCUGCGCUCAGCUUAAAGAAAUCUGUAUACUUCAUCUGCUGUCUCUCAGAGCCUAUAUAAAUGUAUUGUUACUGAGAUAGUCACGGCAGUCGGUUUUCUAUACUUGUUAAAACUAUCGUUCAGCCAAUUGGCCACUGGUUAGUCCAACUAUACCCAUUUCACCUUGAUUUAGCGUGGCAUUGGAGCGGCUAUUCCCGUCUUUUGUCGACUUUCUGUCAUCAUGUCGAUGUUCAGAAAGCCUUCAGAGAUCUCAUCGUCAUCCAGCUCAGACGAGGAGGUCCAGGAUCUUCAUAUCUCGGAGCCUCGUCCUGAGGUCCGCUCAAAGCAGCGACAUCAGCCGAAGAAGAAGGGCAUUUUGUCGCCUACGUCAGCAGGCGACAGCACUGAUGUCGACGGUCAUGGAAAGAUGAUGACCGCUGCCCUUCUCGAGUUCUAUUGCGUCAGUCGAGCCGCGGAUCUACUCAACGCGCAGCCAGGCUCCCACGGGCAGUACAAUCGGGAUUCUCCCGAGGCUAGAGCUCUCGGGCAUGAUAUGUACACUCGUCAAUCGGAAGUCCUAUCCCAGCAUGGAAUUGUGAACGAAGGUGCAGAGAAGGAAGCCUUAAGGCCCACGAGACAGCUCUAUCGAGAUACGCUGGAUUUGAUCGCUAGCCGUUCCUUUAAACGCCUCGAUUUGCAUGAUCUUCAGUCUAGAUCAGCCUCUGUUGGAGGUGCUUUGCCGAAGACUUCCAGUGAAUUGACACUCCACAAAGGUCGUUCGGGCCAUACGCAACUGGAACGAAAUGCCAAGUCUUUCAAUUCACUGCAGGAGCUCGACAUCGACCACCUAUUCAAUCCACGUCUGGCUCCUUUUCUGGAAAUGUCGCGCUACGCGUUACAGUUCGAGGAGAUCAGUGUUCUAGGUCGGGGUGCAUUUGGGGAGGUCUACCACGUGAGAAACCAUGUCGAUGAACACGAGUACGCAAUCAAGAAGAUAGCUCUCAGUCGGCGGCGAUUGGCGCAACUAGAGGGCGGCAACAAGCACCACUUGGGGGAAAUUCUGAAAGAGAUCCGCACACUUGCUAAACUCGAUCAUGCCAAUAUCGUACGGUACUAUGGCGCUUGGGCAGAAAAGAAUUUGUCACAUCAUUCUAUGGCGUCGCAGAUGUCGAUGGUGGAAAGCCAGAACAAACAACUGGCGAUUGUCUUUGAGGAGUCUGAAACCUCGGCUUCCGGCCAUGCACUGCGUACUACUUCUACAUCGAAGUUCACCUCGGCAGAAAGCAUGGAUGACGAAGACGACAGCUUGGCUGACCCCUCGAUCUCCCAUAAUCCUACUCAGGACCAGCCUUCUUCGUUUCGCAGCGCGGAUGAAGAUAUCUUCACAGACGGCCUCAGUCACAACCCUUCGAGCAUGCAGAUCCUACGCAGUCGUAGAAGAGGUCUUGAGAUCCCUGCAGUAAUCUUGCAUAUCCAGAUGUCGAUGCAUCCGAUAUCUCUCCACGCAUAUCUCAGCCCUCGACCCAGCACAGAUGCAGAUGACUCGGACAAGCCACGGCGUCGCCACUGCUUCCACUUGGUUCCCUCCUUGCAGCUGAUGAUAGACAUUCUUUCCGGCGUGCUUUACCUGCAUUCCAAGGACAUCAUUCACCGCGAUCUCAAACCGGCCAACAUCUUCCUCUCUUGUCCGGAGAAACACCACACCCACACCUGUUGUCAUCCCUGUCAAUCCGACGGCGGGGCGGGACUUCAUUACUGCCAGCCUCGGAUCGGCGACUUCGGCCUCGUGGCUGACAUCUCGCAUCUAAACGAUCCUCCAUCUGACGGCUCGCCUCAGUCCCCAGAGCCUGGCUCGACAAUUCACCACGUCGUGGGUACAGAAUUCUAUCGUCCACCUCUCGACUCGAGCGGGUUGAUCUCAAGCGGGUAUGUUCACCACUACGCCCAGGAGGUAGGGACGGAGCGGCCGAUGCAUUACGUCUGCGAUUGGUCGCUUGACGUUUAUUCACUGGGCAUCAUUCUCUUUGAGCUGCUCUAUCCUUUGAACACGAAGAUGGAGCGCCAUCUUGUGCUGGAUGAUUUGACCAAAGGCCCGUACAAGAAGCCGCCAACCGCAUCCAUCAACGGAGCAUGCCUGCCCAGAGACUUUAUGGACAAAGUUCACAUGGGCGAUGUGAAGUUGAAGACUGGAAAUACGGUGGCUGAAGCCUUGGCGAGCUGCAUUGGAGGUAUGCUAGAUCCCCACCCCCGUCAACGCUGGCGGUGUGAGGUCGUCCAGAAGUGCCUGCGAGAAAUCCUUGCUACUGUGCACCCGGACUCGUAUUGAUGUUGACAUAUACUACAAUCAAUCCGACGGCAUACGCACAGGGCUGUCGAUCGGUUUAGAGUAAGUAGCACUCUGCAUUUAGCGCAUAGCGUUGAACAUUUUUCUUAAAUAGCAUCAAAUUUUAUACCA